AUGGGGACGAGGGGGAGGUGGAUUCGAACUGCAGGUUACGCCUUGGGGGAGGGCUUUCUUGUUGCGGGAAGGAAGGAGAGGGGGAAGGGGAGGGGGAGGGGGCGGGGGCGGGGGAAGGGGUUUGCGGGGAGGCGGAGGACAGGGCGGAGGACAACGGGGAGGCGAAGAGCGGACAGGGUUGCGGGGAGAAGGGGAACGGCAGGGCGUUUGACGGGCGCGGGUGGGCGGAGGCGCGACGGGCGCGGGACGAGGGGGAGUGCGCGGACGGAGUUGACCAUGAUGAGCAUGAUGACGAUAAUGACGAUAACGACGAUAACGACGAUGACGAUGAUGACGAUGAGUGAGGUAGCGACGAAGAAAGCCGCCCUUCGUCUAUGA